GACGCGCAGCAGAUCCGUGUUCGUGCGUCGUGGAGGUCAUGUCGCUGUCAGGCCUGCAGAACUGAAGACGUGCCGCGUCAGGCUGACCUGCUGCUUCAGCGGUGCUGGUUCGGAAACACGCCGCCGUCCGCGACACCAGCUCCGUACAGGGACGCCAUCAUGGCCGGAGGAGCCGCCAAGCAGCAGCUGUCGGUAACGGAGUUCGCUGCAGGCUGGAGGACGGCGGACAAGCUCAGGUGUCUACUGGGUCACGUCCGGUACCAGGACCUGGCGGCCGGCCUGAGCGGAGGAGUCAUCUCCACUCUAGUCCUGCACCCGCUGGACUUGCUCCGGAUCCGCUUCGCAGUGAGUGACGGUCUUCACAUGCGUCCUCAGUAUGACGGCUUGGUGGACUGCAUGCGGUCUAUCUGGCGGCUGGAGGGCAUGCGGGGACUCUAUCAAGGCGUCACGCCAAACAUGUGGGGAGCAGGAACCUCUUGGGGACUCUACUUCCUGUUUUACAAUGCCAUCAAGGCCUACACUCAGGAGGGCAGAGCGACAGAACUCGGUGCUCUGGAACAUCUGAUGUCUGCUGCUGAAGCCAGUAUCCUGACAUUGUGUUUGACUAACCCGUUGUGGGUGACAAAGACCCGCUUGGUUCUUCAGUACAACACAGAUCCAGACAGGAAGCAGUAUAAAGGCAUGAUGGACGCCCUGAUCAAGAUCUAUCAGUCUGAAGGCCUACCAGGACUCUACAGGGGUUUUUUGCCUGGGCUUUUGGGAACAUCUCAGGCUGCGCUGCAGUUUACGACCUACGAGGCACUGAAGAGAGAAUUUAACUCCUACAAACACAAUCCAUCCGACACUCUACUGUGUCCGUGGGAGUACAUCACCAUGGCAGCCAUGUCUAAGAUGUGUGCCGUGGCAGCAACAUAUCCCUAUCAGGUGGUACGCACACGUCUGCAAGACCAGCACAACAACUACAGUGGAUUGAUGGACGUUGUCACACGAACAUGGAGUAAUGAGGGAGCCACAGGCUUCUACAAGGGCAUGGUUCCUAACUUGUUGCGAGUCCUCCCAGCCUGCUGCAUCACCUUCCUGGUCUAUGAGAACGUUUCUCGGUUACUCCUGGAUCAGUACAAAUGA